AUGAAUCUUUUAUUUUUGUUUUCGUUUUUUAAGAACUAUUUUAUCUCACUACGAUUUAUUUGUAAUGCAUGUUUAGAUGUCGAUGUCGAGCCUCAGUCCCUUACAGAUUAUCUUGAAAGAAACCAGUUAACCGGUCCCAACUAUGUUGAUUGGAAAAGAAACUUGGAUAUUGUACUCACUGUACAAGAUUACAAGUUUGUUCUUAAUGAACCAGAUGAUGUACUCCCUGAACCCCAUGAAACAACUGGUGCUCAUGCUAGAUGGAAGAAAGCCAAUGAUAUAGCCAAGUGCUAUAGCAUGGCUUCUAUUUCCAAUGUAUUGCAGCAUCAGUAUGAGGGCUUUAAGAAUGCUGGUGAGAUCAUUAAUGGUCUGAAGGAGAUGUUUUCUGAACAUAGUCGUUCCGCCAAAGCGGAGGCAACUAGAAAGCUAAUGAACACUAAGAUGCAAUAA